AUGCCUCCCGAAUCCAUCCAUCGUACCCCCACUAAUCCAAGCAGGUUCGAGAAGUCCCUCUACGACCUCAUCAAGGGUCUGCGCAAUCACAAAGGCGGCGAAGAUGAGUACAUCCAAGCCUGCCUGCGGGAGUGCAAGGCGGAGAUCAAAACACAGGACAUGGACAAAAAGGCUACGGCCCUCCUGAAGCUCAUAUACUUGGAAAUGUUUGGGUAUGACAUGUCGUGGGCAUCCUUCCACGUCCUAGAGGUCAUGUCGUCGGCCAAAUACCUUCCGAAGCGCGUCGGCUAUCUUGGAGCUGUGCAGAGCUUUCGCCCAGAUACAGAGGUGCUGAUGCUGGCAACAAAUUUGCUGAAGAAGGAUAUUGCCUCCGCCAGCGUCCCCAACAUGUCUUUACCUUUGAUCACAUUGCCCCAUUUCAGCACGUCCUCGUUGGCCAUGUCUGUGCUGUCGGAUGUCCUAUCGCGCCUCUCCCAUUCCAAUCCUGUGGUGCGCAAGAAGAGCAUUGUCUGUCUCUAUCGGCUUGCUUUGGUCUACCCAGAGGCCCUGAAACUGGCAUGGCCCAAGAUCAAGGAUCGCCUCAUGGAUGAAGAGGAAGAUAGCAGUGUGACUUCGGCAGCCAUCAAUGUGGUCUGUGAGCUUGGCUGGCGGCGACCGCAUGAUUUCCUUCCCUUGGCUCCGAGGUUUUUCGAGCUGCUUGUGGACAGCGGCAACAAUUGGAUGGCAAUCAAAAUCAUCAAACUGUUCGCAACGUUAACGCCACUCGAGCCGCGAUUAACUCGCAAAUUGUUGCGGCCGUUGACCAAUAUCAUUCAGACCACGUCGGCCAUGUCCCUCUUGUACGAAUGCAUCAAUGGCAUUAUCCAGGGUGGGAUCCUGGAUGGGGAGGACGGUCUCCAAGAGCGCGACGAUGUGGCCUCCCUGUGUGUAGGAAAAUUGAGGGGCAUGAUCGUGAUGGAUGCCGAUCCCAAUCUCAAGUACGUCGCACUGCUCGCAUUAAACCGAAUUGUCACUACACACCCCGAAUUAGUUGCCAUGCAACAGGAUGUCAUUAUGCAUUGCCUGGAUGACGCGGAUAUCUCCAUUCGACUGCAGGCAUUGGAUCUGGCGGCAGGAAUGGUCACAAGCGAUACUCUACAGCCGGUGGUCAACCGUCUCGUGGAUCAGCUGCGGUUGCUUCCAAGCUCGACAUCGAGACCUUCAUCGAGCCACAUGGCGGAAGAUCCUGAUGAUGACAAGAGGCUAUCAGACCAAUACUCACCUGCAAUGACGGCCGUCUUGCCCAGCGACUAUCGGAUCGAGGUUCUACAUCGAGUUCUGGACAUGUGUUCGCACAAUAACUACUCGGAAAUUGUCGACUUCGAGUGGUACGUCGGCAUUUUGGUGCAGCUGGUUGGCCUUCUCCCACCUUCAGAACCCGCGGAUCACUGGAUGCAGACCCAUCCCGACCUGGACGCGACCGCUCUCUCAAGGACAGAUGUUGCUUUCCGCAUCGGGUCGGAGAUUCAGUCCCUCAUUCUCAUUGACAACCGAUCAACGCUCUUCCCUGCUGGUUCAAUCCUCGGUGACGGGGUUCUGGGCCCCGUUGCAUGGGUGGUGGGCGAAUUUGCAGACUACCUCUCUUCUCCCAGUCGAUGCCUCCAGUCCUUGAUUGACAUUUCUCAUGUCACGCUGCCUGCGAGAACCCUUUCCCUCUUCCUACAGGCCAUACCAAAGGUCUUGGUACAAGUGAGCCGAAGUGGUCAGCAAGGAGCUCCAUCCUGGAGAAGCGAGAUAUCGCUCUUGUUGGCCCGGGUGGUGGAAUUUCUUGACGCAUUAGCCGCUCAUCCAGAUCUAGAUGUUCAGGAGCGCGCCAUUGAAUUCUUGGAAAUCCUCCGCCUCGCCGCCGAGGCAAUGCAAUCAGGGGGCGAAGAUAUGCCGUUCCUUCUGGCCUCGGUUAUCCCGAGCCUGUUCACGGGUCUCGAGCUCAACCCCGUUGCGAGCACCGCCCAGAAGAAGGUUGCCCUUCCCGACAGUCUUCGUCUGGAUGAGGCAUUCAAUGACAAUUUGCCGAUUCUUCUCCACGACCGGGAUUAUAUCUCUCUCGGAUCCAGCGACCCCCAUAUCUUACAGGAUUUCUACUAUGUGCCAGAUCGCACCCUACUCUCUCAUAAACCAUCUCACGAUGUUGCCCCGGCUGAUGCGCCCUUCAAUCCAUCCUAUCAGAACUUCCCGGAUAUGGGCGAGGUGGAGAGACGACGAGUUGAGCGCCGGGAACGUUUCAGGGAUGAUCCCUUCUACAUUGCUCCCUCUGAUGCGUCGUCAGGCGGUUCAACGCCAUUCCAUGAGAUUCUCAAUACCUCGAACGGGGAUGGUUUGGAUAUCGACUCCAUCCCCAUUGUUGACCUGAAGUUAGGGGACGAAGCUUCCGGCCCUCCGGGUCAAGCGCCACGCCGGGACCGGCGACCCCGCCCUCGGAAGAUGGAAGUCGCCGGGGACGAAACAUUUGGCGCGGAGGAUUUGUCUGGCGGAGAUGCUACAUUCGGGACCGCUGGCAGGUCUACGGGGCAGAGUCGCUCUCUCCUCCAGGUGGACUCGAGUGGUCUCGGGCAACUUUCAUUCGCGGGCGAUGACCGAGCACAGCCCCAGCUGUCCGCAGACGAGGGAGAGACUGAGAUGAUCAAAGCCAUGCAGCGCGUGGAGGAGGUACGUCUGCGGAUGCAGCGAGCAUCCGAGCGGAUCCAGCUGGAGGGCACGCCCGCCGAGGGAACGCUGGUGAAGAGGAAGAAGAAAAAGAAGAAGAAGGAUGGCGCAGAGUCCGUAGAGAAAUCUGGCCCGAAGAAAAAGAAGAAGGGCUCGGCCAUGUCUCCGACCGGUUGA